UCCGCUGGAGGAACGUUGAGUGAGUAAGGAGAGAGACAGCCUGCGUCUCGCCGAGCCGGACCUCGACCUUUUCCAGCCUUUCCCCGUUCUGAUAAAUAAAUGCCCACCGUAGGCGGUGGUGGAGUGAAUCGCGAACUGCCCGAGGAGGAGACAGACCCUCUACCCGCCCAGUCCAGGACUCUGAGAGCCCCGCUCAAGCUCCAACUCCCCGCCGCCUCAGCGCGCCAGGCCGCCUCGCCUUCUCCAUGCUUCGAGCCCGAGCCACGAUGAAGCCGGAGAUCAGUGCCGCCGUGGGCUUUCUGUCCAGAUUCCUGCGGGUGAAGGGCCACGUCAACGACCGACAGCUGCAGACCUUCAGCCAGACCCUCCAGGACAUGCUGGCAGAGCAGUACAAACACCACUGGUUCCCUGACCGUCCCUGUAAGGGUUCGGGUUACCGCUGCAUCCGCAUCAACCACAAGAUGGACCCUCUGGUGGGCCAGGCAGGUCAGCGCAUUGGCUUGAGCAUCCAGCAGCUCUAUCUGCUGCUGCCCAGCGAGUUGACGCUGUGGGUGGACCCCUUCGAAGUGUCCUACCGCAUUGGUGAGGACGGCUCCAUCUGCGUUCUCUACGAAUCGCAGCCAUCCGCUAAUGUCAACAGCAGCGCCUCCACUGGAACCAACAGCUCACUGGUGGACAGUCAUAUCAGCUGCAAAGAAGAACUGCUGGUGCUGGGUCGAACCAGCCCAGCCAAACCCUACAUGAUGACCGUGUCCAGCUAAAGGAGCUGCGUCCGGUUGGUUUUUAAGAUAACGACAAGAAAUAAGGAAAAAAAAUCGAAAGAGAGAGGAAAAAAAGCAGAGGAUAUGGCCUAGUAUUCAGGUGAUGGAAACCUCGUAGGUUUAAUUUUGCUUGUUUGGUUUGUCGGUUCUGUCUUUGUGUUGGAUCUACCAGAGGCUGAGACCCUGGGGCAGCUAUGAAGACCAUUUCCCCUGUUUCCUGGAGCGACUGGUCUCAGACUGGGGGCUUUUAAUCUCAAACAUUAAUGUUGACUUUGCACUUUUACACAUGCCGUUUAUUUCAUCUCGCCACCACCAACGCAGCUCCCUCUAAAUCUAGGCUUUCUGAAGCUCAGGCAUGGCAGCAGUUGCACCAGUGCUGAGGGGCCGCCUCUAAGAGCCUCUUUGUAUUUUAAAAGCUCGUGUGUUUUUGUACCACAAGGCGUUAUUUUUUUUCUCUCCAUCUCAGCGUCUGGUGCACUGCUGUCGUCCACUCUUUGACCUCUUCGCCUGGGCUUCAGUUUGACCAGCCCAAAGUUUCAAAUGCCAUCUUCUUUUCUAUGCUAGUGCUCUGGAAUGCCUGUGUUGUUUUGGUCUGCCAUGGCUGUCGUUUUUGACACUGUGACGGAAAUGUUCUCAUACUUUUUUUUUUUUUUUAAUUUUUUUAAAUUAUUAUUAUUAUUUUCCAGGGGAGGGGCUCCUCUUCCUUUUGAAUGAAUGUCAUUUUACAAAAAGAAUCAAAUUGAUUUAUUUAAGCCCUUUUGUCACACGAAAAGAGAUGUAGCGUAGCUGUCCAGGUCUGCUUAGAAGACAUUGAAUGCACUUUUGACAUUUAGAGUUGUGUGGGAUGCUCAUUUUAAAUCGGCCACAUUCCAACUUUUUGAAUGUCCCAUCAUGCCAUUUUUAUUAUUAUUAUUUUUUUUUUUUACUUUUUAUUUUCUGGUCUUUUGGUCUGAAUGUGGAGCAUAACGGAUUAUGCUUUAUCUUCAGAAAACAAACCGAAUUUCAGACCAAGGGCUAGUGUCCCAACAGCACUGCAGUACAAAAGUGGUCAUAGGGUGGGAUGGCACAGGGAUUAUUUUAACUACAGUGUUUUUGGGAAACUGGCUCCGGGUUGUUGUUGUUUUUAUGUGGUGCAGUUCUAACUUUCCAGCCGUUUUAGACAUGCACAAACCAAGCUGUGCAAGAGUAGCUCUUUGGCUUUUGUGACCUUUUAUUUAUUUUAUUUUAUUUUUUUUUAGCAAAAAUGUCAGGGAGAUCUGAGUAUGGAUGGAGGUCUGGCUGACCUGCACUGGCCUGGAAGCACUGUGUGUAUGUGGUAUGUGUGUGCUGGGGUAAACUGAACCAGCCUGUGUUGGGUUUUACUCCCAAACUGUCCCAAACCUCAGAACCCACAGGGCUGGGCUAUGGUCCAUUCCUAUGUCUCUGAGAAGGGAGGGAAAACACAGAUUCUAUGUUUUAUGCUUUCCAGUGUUUCCUUACAUGACGCUCCGAAGCACAGGGCUUACGGGGCCAGAAGUUCAGAGACAAAAGCGCCAGCUCCCCCACCCUAGCUCGGAGCGCACAGUGACACAUAUCAUCCCUCUCUCUCUCUCCAGGCUGGAUGGAGGAAGGGGGUCAAACACACCAGACCAGGGCAGCUAAAUCCCUCCCAAUGACCCUCACCACCAUCUAUACACUCAAAAAAACAGCCUAGGAGGAGAGACCAGCCAGCACACAUACACUUUAGUGCGCUCCAGACCCCACUGAGCCUUACUGGGGGUGAGGGAUACAGAGAGCGAAAAGAGAGAGGAGGGAGAGGGAGAGAGAAAGAGAGAAUGGAGCUUAAUGGUACCACCUAGCCUCUGGUCAUGGUGCUGCUGAUGGAUUCAUGUUGAAUCUGUUUACAUGAGAUCAGAUAUGAACUGGUGUGAGUGCACUUGAGUGGGGGAAGGUCAGGCCUGUGUGUGUGUGUGUGUGUGUGUGUGUGUGUUUAGGGGGUUCUGGCCUUUAGCUCUUAAGCUGCUGAGGCAGGGUGCUGAUGAUCAGUCCUGUAUGUGUGCUAAUGCCUUUGACCCUAGAGGAUCAUGGGUAAUGAAGCCAGGUUGUUGAUGCACUGCCCUCCCUUCUGUCCCUAUCUCUCGCUCUCUCUUGCUCUCUGCUGGUGCUCCCCCUAUUCAUUUCUGAAAGGCAAAGACCCCCAUUCUACUCAGCUGGACAGCAGCACACAUCUGUCAAUUGUCAUCUUCACACGGGCUGCACAUAGCAGGAUAAUGAAGCCACGCUUAUGCCUCUGAUUCUAUCUGUAGACCUACAUGAGACAAGACAAGUCCAGGCUUUUGGACGUAGCCCACUGUCCUACUUUUCACAAGGCAUUCUCAAACUCAGACAGGCAGCACCCCACCCCGAUUCUCCAAAGGGUUUUUAAAUUUCAGAGCAUUUUACCGCACUCUGGUGAUCUUAACCAAAUUCGAAUGGACAAUUCAAAUGCUUUUCUUUAGACCUACGAUUUUAGAGCUACUACCACCCCACCACCGCACCCCAUCUGCGCCAGAGUAACAGCUUCCCCUUUGAUUCUGAGCCUCGUUUGAGUUCACUUAGCCUUGGCGCAGAUAGGUUUCAGAGAUAUCGUGAAAAGUGAUUGAGUAGUCGGAGGAAAGAGCACAUAAAAUGCACUAAUAUGUUAACGUUGAAGUUAUGUGACAUUGAGAUGUGAAAAGUCUCUACAGGAAUGUAUUGCCAAACUCAGGCCUCAGACAUUCAAUGAAACCCUUAACAGAGAAGUGCAUGUUAAGAUGUGAAAAAUGGAAGGGAAUUUAUUCGGUUCGUUUCUCGUCAGUCUUUUUAAGCAGCGGCUAGAAUUAUUGUCACUUUCACAUUUGGGGUGUUUUGCGUAUUUGUAGAGAAUGUAUUGUAAUUGUACAACAUCUUGUAGAAUACAUACAUAACAUUACAUAUGGAAAGUGCCAAUAAUUUACAUUUUGAGUGUUCUAGGUGUGUUCCUUUUUGUAUUUCAUAUUUUAACACAGAUUGCUCUUUGAUAAGUGAAGCCAUUUGUGUCAGGAGUGUUGGCGAGGACCAAAGUUGUUUUGGUACAAAAAAGACUAGUUUCCAUGCUCUGUGCUGAUAGACUUAUCCUUUGUUGGUUUUUUUUUCUUCUUUUCUUUUUUUUUACUUAAAGAAAAAAAAAAAACCUAGAAAAAAAUCUGAGCUACCCAAGAUGAAAGCUGUCUCUAUAUUGUGAUCUCAUGUCAGUACAUCUUUUAUUGUGUUUAUUAUUUCUUUUCUUGGGUAUGUUGUAAUGAACUGCUGUAAAUUUGUACAGUUCAUGUAAAUUGAUUGUGCGGAAGUUGUACAGAUUUCUAUAUUUUGGAAGAAAAGGUUUUUUUCUCUGUAAUAAAAGAUUUCCUAUCUUGGCAAUGUU